AUGGGGAUUAAAAUUUAUAUCAGUGGUAGUUCUGGUAAUAAAGAGGUCAAAAAAAGACAACAAAGAGUACUCUUAAUUUUGGAUUCAAAGAAUGUUAAAUAUGAGGUAAUAGACAUAGCAGAACCUGGAGCAGAGGAGGCCAAAGAUUUCAUGCAAAAUAAUUCUACAGGUUUAGGUGCUACUAUUGGUGACCCUAGUCCUAGACAUGCAUUACCACCUCAAAUUUUUAAUGAUGAUUUGUACUGUGGUGACUAUGACAUGUUUGAUAUGGCAAAUGAGAUUGAUGAGAUGGAAGUAUUUCUUAAACUCGAACCAAACUCUUUAAAUGAACAAAUUUCUACUUUUGAAACAAAGCUUAAAAAUGGUGACUUGUCGAUCGAUGAAAAAAUUGAUAAGGUCAUCGGUACCAAAAUAAAUGAUGAAGAAAUUAAAAAUGAACAAGACAAACUAGAGGAGGAUGAUAAAAAAGUAGAAAAUGAAGAAGAUAAUAGUGUAGAAAAAAAAGACAACAAUGAAGAAAGUGCAGAAAAAAGAGAAGACAAAGAGGACGGAAGUGCAGAAAAGGAAGAAGAUACAAUAGAAGGAAAGGAAGAAAAAGAGAUAGGUGAAGAUGUAGAAAACAAAGAAGUAGAUAAAGAAAGUAAAUCGGAAAAAAAUGAAAACGAGGAUGGAGACGCUGCUGGCGAUAAAACAGAUGAAAAUGCUGAAGACAUGAAAGAUAAUGAUGAAAAAGAAGAAUUGGAAAAAGAAGCAUCUCCUGAAAAGUCUGAAUAA